GCAAAAUAAAUAUAGUACUACGUAGAUGACCCUUCACACACAGUUACAGAGUGUCAGUGUAAACCAUCGUAAGCUUCGCUAUGGUGCAUACUAUUCUGUAGCAGCUCGUCUUUCGAGCCAUGUGACGUAGAGAGAGUCUAUUCUACAGCACUGAAAGGAAAGCAGAGCAACCCCCUUUCAGAAGCGCGGAGUGAGCGUGUGGCUCACGACUGGCUAGGAUGUCCUUUAAUAUACGGUUGCUAUGGAAAUGGAUGACAUGAAAUGGAUCCGUACGGCUAAAAAAUCUCCUCGAACCCUCCUCACCUCGUGUUUUUACAGACAUCACUGCCAACAACCUGACACGUCAUAAGGAGAUCGGCACCAGCCGAGUCCAGUGGAGCCGGCGCUGAGGAAAGGGGCUGAAGAUUGGCCGCUGCCCGCUCUAGCACCAGGAUCCUCUACAGCCGUCUGGGGUGAGGGGUGGAGGAGACGAGGUGCCUGGCUGGGGCUGGGUGGAUGCUGCCUGGAGGAGGGGGGGCCACGGCAGCAGCAGAGGCAGCGGGAGGAAGAUGGCAUCCACAUGCAUGCAGAUCUUCGCCUUCAUCCUGGCGCUGUUGGGCAUCAUGGGGGCCAUGGUGGCCACACUGCUGCCCAAUUGGAAGGUGAGUGCCGACGUGGGCUCCAACAUCAUCACAGCCAUCUCCCAGAUGCAGGGGCUGUGGAUGGACUGCACCUGGUACAGCACCGGCAUGUUCAGCUGCACCUUGAAGUACUCGGUGCUGUCGCUGCCCGCCUACCUGCAGACUGCCCGCACCACCAUGGUGCUGUCCUGUGUGAUGGCUGCCAUGGGCCUGUGCCUUGCAUCCCUGGGGCUCAAAUGUACCCGCUGGGGGGGCGGCCGGCGCUCCAAGAGGCACGCGGCCAUCGCCAGCGGGGGCUGCUUCAUCGCCGCCGGCUUCCUGUGCCUGGUGCCCGCUUCCUGGUUCACCAACGAGGUCAUCACUAACUUCCUGGACCGCAGUGUGCACGAGAGCAAUAAGUUUGAGCCCGGGGGGGCCGUGUACGUGGCCUUCCUGUCGGCAGGCUUCCUCUUCGUGGGGGGGUCCAUCUUCUGCGUGUCUUGCUCGGGGAAGAGGCCCGGUCACCAGGACAUGAUCUUACUGCCCCCCCCCAACAAACUCAUACUGCAGCAGCAACAGCAGCUCCUACAGCAACAGCAGCAGGACCAGCACCAGUACUGCUCCCUCUCCCCACUAGACAAUAAGACAGGCUACAGCCUGCAGGACUAUGUGUAGGCUAAAGCAACACGCCACUUGCUACUGCUAGGCAAACCAGUUAGGGGAACAACCAGGGCUUACACUGCGUAAGAGAUUGAGGAGGAGACUAGAGCAGAGGGGAAGGACUUUGAUGGCGUCUCUUUCCCUCCUUUCCCCUCUUUCUGUUCUGCAAGCACAAGCAGUGGAGGUAUUCCCCGAGCAGCCCCUUGGAACAGACGGACGGAUGGUGAAUGUGAAACGCAGCGCAGCCGGGGGAGGAAGGGAAGCGCUGCAGAAUGGGAGGGGAGACGCAGCGACACAUGCAGAUACCCCAGCAAUCAUCAGUAAAUCCAUUAAGACUUCCCGGGGGAAUGGAUUAGCUGAUAACAAGCCUCCCGUUAAUUUCCUUUUCCUCGCCAAAGGUUUGAAUUAAUAAGCAAUCAUUUAGCUGCUAAUAAUCGUUUGGUAACCACCCAUUCGGCAAGUCGGCAAUAUUGCUAUUAUUGUCUCAGAGGCAAUAACAGUACGUGCAAUUCCCUUUUCAUAAGCAAGCUACUGUUGUUUUGAACUAUCCACUAGAUAUGCUAGUUGUUGGGACUGAUUUAAGUCUUAUUUUUGGUAGCUAAAAGACUGAUAUUUUGCCUAAGCAUGCUGUUUGGAGCCUGUCUGUGUAUAUUGCAGAGGAAUGCCUGUUAGAGACAGACGUAUGUAGUGUAGCCAACGCAAUGCCUAAAAAGCUGUAGUAUGUUAUCCUUCCCAUUGAAACUGUUCAAAGAGUGCUGUCAGAAUUAAUACAAAGGGUGCUGGGCUUGGAGAUCGAACAGAAUGGCAUAUAAACUAAAUCCUGUAACUCACCCUGCAGGUAGAGACAGAGACACAGAGAGAGAAAGAGACAGACAGAGAGGGAGGGACAAACAGUGAGAGAGACACACAGACAGAAAGAGAGACAAACAGUGAGAGAGAGGGAGAGAGGGAGGGACAAACAGUGUGAGAGACACAGACAGAAAGAGAGACAAACAGCGAGAGAGAGGGACAAACAGUGAGAGACAGACACAGAGAGAGACAGACAGAGAGGGAGGGACAAACAGUGAGAGAGACGCACAGACAUAAAGAGAGACACACAGACAGAAAGAGAGACAGACAGAGAGGGAGGGACAAACAGUGAGACACACACACAGACAGAAAGAGACUAACAGCGAGAGAGAGGGACAAACAGUGAGAAACACACAGACAUAAAGAGAGACAGACAGUGAGAGACAGAGACAGAGACAGUCCCACCUCCAGCAGAGUGGACUGUAUGACAUACUUUACUAUUAAGCUCCAAAACAAAAAGGAGCUGCCUUCUUCAGGCUGGGCUACACACUACUUACUUCAUGCAUUACGCAUACAAAACACUCCUACACCCACAGACGCACAGUUCACACCCACCCACACAUAGAUUACACAACCACACACUGAGGCACACACACACAGAUACAAAAACCCACACAAACUGUACCCUCUGCCUCACUGGGCUGUGUGUGCUUUUCAUCCUGCUGUCCGCCUCCUCACUGCCAUGGAAACGGGAUCCUGCGCCCAAAUAUCUUUAUUGUCUGUGAUUGGGGGUGGGGUGUCAGCCUGUACUUUGAGGUUGGUUAGGGGGGCAUCUCUCCCUCCCCAUGGCCCCAUAAGCCUUGUGAAGAGCCUCCACACAUGCACAGCUGCUUCACUAAUCCCCUUUAUUAGCCCAGUGACAGGAAGCACCAAGCCACCGUUACACCCAGGUCUGUCUGGGAAAUGCUCUCUUUAUGUUGUCCCAUAUUACACUGUGUCUGACAUGCAAUUAGUGUUAUGGGGAAAAAGGGCUGUGUUUUGAAAAGUCAGGCUGAUUAUUAGAAUUGUAGAUCAGUAGGUAGAAAAUGGCCCUUGCAAUGCCAGGAUAGAGGGUUCGAUUCCCGGGUCCACCCAUACGUAAUAUGUAUACACGCUUGACUAAGUCGCUUUGGAUAAAAUCGUCUACUAAAUGGUAUAUAUUAUUAACUGCAGCAGUGUGGCAGAUGUGCCUCAAUCUAGAAAACGGUUUGAGGUAUUCCACUAUGUGACGUUUAGUGCGUCAGCAGUGCAUAUGCUACUGUUCAGCACCUGCAGGAGAUUAGCUUUAACUUUAGCCACACAAAGUUAAAGCAACUUCUCUGUGCCAUUCUCAUCUUUCCUAUAGUACCUGUCAGCUUCGCUCUCCUCUACCUCUCCCUGGUCUCUCCAUCUAUAGCAGUAUUUUUCUAAAGGGAAGUAAAGCAGCAUUUCUCUCUGACUGACAGGGAACACUGUUGCAUGUUAAGAACAUGCUGGUCAGCACACACACACACACACAAAACUCCCGCCACCAACUCAUUUCCCAGGGCUGCUACUGCGCUUUAACACAGUCAAGUUCUCAUGUGUGUCUGUACACAGCUGAGAGGAAGGGAAGAUGUGCUGUCUCCAGCCUGAAAUGGCUGCUCUGGUGACAGGCCCUGGCAGUGAUGUGUGGCGCAGACCGCGUGUUGUUCAUUCUCUAACACACUGUUUUUUACAGGGCGAGCAGAUGGCUAAGCCCAGCUCGCCACCUGCAGGCGGCUGCCUGCACACUGGAGGCAUCACUAUAGGUCCUGGCAGCCUGUUUCAUACCCCAUGUAUAGAGAAGAGAGGACCGGACUGGGCAUCAGUAUAAUGAUCCAAUGCCCAGGCACCCCUUACGAAUGCAAUAAAAUGAUGACAAGAAUGUCAAUGUGCCCUCGUGAACAAUCUGAAUACAUACCAACACAUACGUGUUGGAGAAUGUGCCAAAUCACCUCCUGUCAAGUUUGAUACUGCAUGUAGUUCAUGCGGUUUACUUUUUUUAAAUUACAUUUGUUUGUAUGUGAAUUAUACAUUGGCAUAUGGUUUUAUGGAGUAAUUAUUUGUUGUGCGAGGCCAAGUCUCUUGAGUAAGCUAGACACUUGUGUACAGUAGGAUGCAGCUUUCCAUGGUUCUUUUUUCAACCUUAUUAUUCCAAAGCACACAAUCAUUUCAGAUGCAAACUAUUCUGAUUUCGUCGGGAAAGCCUUGAACACUUGUUUAUUUUUUUAUUUGUUGUAAUGUUUAAAUCGUGCUUCUGCAGAGAACAGUAUGCAUUUGGCUAGGACAUUUGUGGACGUAAUUAGAUUUUUUUUCUGCCAAGGUAACUUUCUUUCCUAUUUAGUUCAAAUGUCUUUUAUCAUGUUCAUACACUGCAUCUUCUUCAUAAGAAGAAUACUUGACUGCACCUUUGCUUGUGUUACCUUGUUGGACAGCGCAGUUUGUUUCAAGCGGCUGAGCAUUGCAAGUCCUCUGGACCGGUUCAAAUGUACGUAACACAACUGGCAGUCUGAAAAAGAGCAAAGCCAUUUCUGUCUGAUGUGAUUUGAGCAGGCCAAUGUGAGCUGGAGGUUUGUUCCGUUGUGUAGAUGUGCAGCCUGUUCCUCAGCCAGCGCACCAUUUCAUUAGCUUCAAAUGGUCUAGAUGUCUAAACAGCUGCAACUCUCCUGCAGAACCAAGACAGGAAUUAUCAUUUUGAUAAUUGCAGCUUAUUUUCGUGGAUGCUUCAGCAUUUCUUAAUUUGCCAGAGGAUUUUCAACAGUUCAAGUGUUCUGGUUACUGUUGUCUAAAUGUGCUUGUGCAAGUAGUUAUAUUUUUUACCAAUAAAAAAAUAUUUUGUGGAAGCAGGGCAAUAUGCCUAUAUUAAAUGACUGUGUGUACGUGUGUGAGCAGUUUGAGAUGGCUCUCAGCUUCCUGCCAAAAACACAGAUUUCUGGAAGGUACUGGUUGUACCGUGCGUAGGCAAGCAGGCAGGCUGUCUCUUCAUACUGUUCUUAUAGCCUCUAUACACACACACACACACACACACACACACACACACACACACACAGCAGCUCUCUGAAAAACAGCUCAAAGAAGAGACGGAGGAUUUCACUCCCUUCAUGAACACGUAUCCAUAAAACAUUACAUACCGUCUGCAAAUUGGAUGAAAAAAGCCGAAACACUCUCCAUAAAGCACGUUCAGAAUCCAGCUCUCUCUCAUUGAGAUGUAAACACAAUACUUCAGAGGUAUGGAGAGAGCAUCAGCAAGUGGCAUGAAAUAACUAACCCUGUGAGAGUUGUGGCAAAUGGGGAUUAUUUUGUCUGAGUGU